AUGGCCAUCGACCUUCCCGACCUCACCGGCCAGGUGGCGCUCGUCACCGGCGGCAACAGCGGCAUCGGCGACAUCUGCGUGCGCCAGAUGGCCCAGGCCGGCGCCCGCGUCUUCCUCCUCGCUCGCUCCGCCGACAAGGCGCAGGCGGCCAUCGCCUCGCUGCGCGCCACCGACGUCGCCGCUGCGGGCCGCGUCGAGCACAUCCAGUGCGACCUCGCCAGCCUCGCGAGCGUCAAGAAGGCCGCCGAGGACAUCAUCGCCAAGACGGACCGCCUCGACGUGUGUCUCAACAACGCCGGCGUGAUGGCGAUGCCGUACGUCUUCACCGAGGACGGCCUCGAGAUGCAGAUCGGCACCAACGUCGUCGGGCACUACCUGCUCACGCUCCUGCUGCUGCCGCUGCUCGUCAAGACGUCGCUGCUGCCCGAGCACGCCGAGCGCAGCGUGCGCAUCGUGCACGUGUCGAGCAUGGGCCACAAGAGCCCGCUCUCGACGACGGACUGGAGCAGCCUCGAGAAAGUCAACCAGCGCGGCGGCCGCCUCGAGUCGACGGCCACGUGGUACCGCUAUGGCACCAGCAAGACGGGCAACAUCCAGCUCGCCAACCGCUUCUCGGCGCUGCUCAAGUCGCUCGGCGCCGAGCGCGUCUACAACCUCAGCCUGCACCCGGGCGUCAUCAAGACGAACCUCACGCAGGGCCCGAUCCAGUCGUACGGCGCCAUCGCCGGCCGCGCCAUCGGCUUCAUGACGCGCUUCCUCACCACGGCCGAGGACGGCGCGCGCACCUCGCUCUACGCCGCCACGUCGGCCGAGGUCGACGCCAAGAAGCUCGACGCCGCCUACCUCGUGCCCACGGCCAAGCUCGCCCAGUCGACGGCCUACUCGCGCGACGCACAGAAGGGCGACGAGAUGAUGGCCUUCUGCGCCGCCUUCGUCAAGGAGAAGGUCGGCGUCGACGCCGAGGCCAUCAAGGCCGAGGUCAAGCAGAUCCUCGCCGCCAAGUGA